GGGCUCUGUCCAGAUUAUGCGACUAAAAGAAAUCAAAUAAAAUUACGUUAAAAUAGCAUUGCUAUAGAUAUGGAACAUUAUAGUAACAAUGAAUUAAAUAAUAACAAAUUAUUUUUGUGCAAUGUGGCCAUAUAACUGUCUUCUAUUUAAAGAUAUCAAAGAAAUACGCCCAAAAAUCAAAGGCAAAGGUAAUGCUUUUACUUUUAGUUGGACAAAAAAAAAUCCAAAUAAAAUAAUGGCGGAUGCAAAUUAGACAUUGUGACCAAAUUAUUUACAUUUGUGUAUAUUGACAUAUUAUAGCUAUUUUCAAUGAAAACUUGAAUUCAUCCCAAAAUCAAAGGUAUCUAAACCUACACUUAAUGCACAUUCACAAAUGAUGACUGGCCACAGUCAGUGUUAUUGAAUUUUACAAUAAUUUAUUUGGAUGGGUUACAAAGUCAAAGUUACAAUGCUUGCAGUUUGUAUUUGUUACUUCAGUACUCGCAGUUUAAUAAGUUUAAUAGUUUAUCAUGCUAAAUGACUACACCACAGUUCAUUAUAAGUAUAACUGCAUUCUGCUUCCCAAGACUAAUUUAUCUGAAACUCAGAUGAGUUACAUGUAUAAUUUUUGAGAUCUUUAUGAAGGCAAUUUUGCCUUCAUUUCGAAGUUCUACCUUCAUGACUUAUUAUAAUUGAAUAGAAGGCAGAAGGCAUGACAAUUCAAUAGCCUGAACUGAUAGCCUCAUCAUCAUUACAGUUAUUACACUCAAGUCUUCUUGAUGUGAUUUUCAACUCAAACUACUCAAAGACAUCUUUUUGUCUUUAACUUUAAAUUUAAGUUGAAAGGUGUGUCACAAGAUUGAAAUAAUAAUGUAAAUAAAUAAUAAAGUACUAGAAAAAGAUAUGCAGAUAUGGCUUACCAAAUAGGCAGUGUCUACACAUCCGGCGCGCCGGACGUAUAUAUCUCCUGCACUAUUUGUCCGGUGACCAAUUCACAUGACCGCCGGAAGAAUAUUUUAUCGAGAUAUUCGUCCAGCGACCAAGUCACAUGACAGCAGUAAAAAAAAGGCGCGAGAAAUUUGUCCGUCAGCCUUGUCACAUGACCGCGAAUGAUUCAAAACUAAGGUAUUAUUAAUUUUAAAAUCUAUUUCUCUACCAAGUAAUUUACUGAGUAUCUUGCAAACAAAUAAUAGAAAAAAUACUUGGGUAUAUAACCAAAAAAAAGUGUGGGUUAAGCAAUAAUGCAUUCUAGAUGGAAGCAAUGCUGAGAGGGAGAAAGAAUUACGGUAAUAAAAAAUACGAAUCCUAAGAAAAUAAUAGUGAGGGCGAGGGUGAUAAAUAAUUAAGUUUAAGGUGGGGAAGCCGAUAGUUCACAAAGAAAUAGACCCUACAUUUACAUCUUAAUUUAGGGCAGAUAUAGUGGUAGCCUAGCCUGCUUCUCAUGCAAUACUAAAUACUAAUCCUGAAAUACAACUUUAUUGACAUAGUCAUAGGUCUAUUGAAGUCUUAAGGUCUUAUUUUAUUUGGUUCAUAAUUUAAAAUUAGGCUUCAAGGUAGAGCUUUACAAGAUGUUUAACCUAGAUAAGGGACUUUUUUUUUUGAAGAGUCGGAAUCAAAUAGACUAGCAAUAGUAGUAGUACUAUUUAGUAUAUUAUGGUUUAAUAUUCAAAGUCAAACACUUUAUGUAUCUCAGAGCAUUGGAAUGUAUUAACAUGUUCAGCAUUUAUUUAUUAUCUAGGGAUCGGCUGACUAAUAUAUGUACACAUUACUGGAAUAUCAAAUGCAAUGCAACUAUUUUGCCGGCGACCACUUGUCACAUGACUUGCCAGAAUAAUAACGCCUACUAGUUGUCCGGCGGUCACGUGACAUGCCCGCGGACAUAUAUCUCCCGCACUAUUUGUCUGGCGCGCCGGACGUGUAGACACUUCUUACCAAAUAUAUAGACUUAUUUGCUAGGCCUACACCUACACUACUAGUAGUGUACCAGCCUACACUACACUGAGUCUGAGCUUUAAUACAGUGGAGUGUUGACUGAGGCCUAGUAUUAUUUUUUUAUUACUAGUAUUAAGUAUAGUAUCUGUAUAGUAUAGUAAGUAUGAGUGGAUCUUAAUAGAAUUCUUAUAGUACUUACACUAUGCGGCGACUAUGCCUGUGUAGUGGCUAUAUCCAAAUUUGUCAUAUUUGAUGUCACAAAAAUGUUUGUUUCCACAGUGCCCAGCCUAUUCAUUCAUUUUUUCCCCAUAACAAACAAUGAUUCAUCACUUUCAACUACCACAGGGCACUCACACUCGGCUACCUAACUCAUUAUCUAGGUUGUUAGCCACGCAUCAUUAAUUAAUCGUUUCUUACGCCCUAAUAGUGAUAGUAAUAGCUUGACUAGGUCUGUUACUAAGUGCCUAGGUAACUGUCUGGGAAUUUCUUGGGUACCUGAUUUUAAGAAAUUAUUUUUACAAUGAUAAAAAAGUAAUAAAAUUUCAACUUAAAGUUUUAUUUAAAAUAAAAAGAAAGAAAUGUUAUUACACUUACACCUCCAAUAUCGCGGUUAUGUUCCAAGACCCUACACGAAAUAUGAAAAACUUCAAUGUAGGAUUUAUUUUUUAAAGCUUAAUAAACCCUUCACACACAGUCAUAUAAACCUUCCACACAAUUUUAAUUAAAGUUAUAUUUAUAUUAUUUGCAAGUUUUUAAGCAAGGAAAUGCUUAUUUUACAGCAAAAAUAAUUAAUUAAAAAAAUUAAGUAAAAAUAUUUUAACUGUAUAUUGUGAAAUAGCAUAAAAUCUUAAGAACAUCUCCAAGGAGAAAGCUUGUGAAGAUGUGAGGACGCAAGAUGUGAAGUAAAAAAAAAUAGUGCAAGUUUCGGGUCAAGUGUACACUUUGUCUGGCUCUGUGGGCUAAUGGAUACAUGGGCUGGUGUGGUGUUUUUUUAAAACAAUUUUUGACUGCCCUUCUAAUAGUUAGAUUGAUCAUUGAUAUUGCAGACUAAAAGUUAGAAGUAACUGUAGAAACUCUUCUCUAAACUCAAAAAGAUGUAUUCAAAUUAUGUUGUUACUAAUAAGAAGCAAUGACUAAUGAGUCUAAUGUGUUUAAAAUACUCAACCAGCUUUCAUUUUCAAAGAAGCUAUUACCCAUUAAUGCACCUAACAUUGUGAAGAGGGUAAGGGCAUGGGUAAACAACCUUUUUUGUGUGAAGUUUCAUCUUAUAAAUUUUAUCUGGUAGGAAAAUAUUUAGAGAGCCGGAUUGUAACAGAUUGUGUAUAUGAAGUAAUAUUUUGCCGGUAAGUGGUGUUUUGGCGCGACUGUUUUGACCCAGAGCCGUUUCGGCGCAGGUCAUUUUGGCGCACAGAUGGCCUAAGCCAUUAUUUACCGUUCCUGCCUAAUCAUGCGUGCGCUUCACAUUUAUAAAAGUGCAAGAGUGCUCUAGACUAAAAUCAUAAGUUAAGUAGAGUUUCAUAAAUAUAUCACAUAUUAUAAUUCUGUUAAACCAGUAAAAUGGAAAAUGUUGCAUCGAAGCGUGGUAAAGAAAAGUUGAAUCAUGAAGGAUACUGUUAUGUGUUCGAUAAGUUUAGUGCAGACCAUUCCAAGAAGUUCUGGCGAUGUGAGCUGAAGAAUGAAUGCAAGGCUCGUUUACACACGACCGUAGAUAAUGAUCGAGUUCUGAUGCAGAUGAACCAGCAUAGUCACGGAAGUGACGCAGCGCAACUUCGGGUUGCCAUGAUAAUGACUGGAAUCAAAAGGAGGGCAACAAAGACAACUGAUAUCCCGUCAGUUAUCCUCAACAGUGCUCUCCAAGGAACCUCGACUGCCGUUCAAGCGAAGAUGCCAAACAAAGACGCCAUUCUCAAGGUUAUUCAGCGGAGUAGAAACGACAACCGAGUAGCUCCUCCACAACCUAUUGAUCGAGCUUCAAUUAUUAUUCCGGAUGCAUAUCGGAUGUACGUAUAAACGUUAAGUUAAAUAAAAGUUAUUUUUAAAUGGCGCCAAAAUGUCCUGUGGCAAAACGGCUCUGCGCCAAAAUGUCCUGCGCCAAAACGGCAGCGCCAAAACGGCAGCGCCAAAACGGCGGCGCCAAAAAGUCCUGCUUCGAUAUUUUGCGCCAUCACUUGAAGAGUAUUUUUGCAGUUCUUUGCUAUUCACAUUGUAUAGUGCUCUAUCCUGAAAAUUGAUGGACUGCAUUCAAGUUGUGUAAAUGAAAUAUAAGAACAAGGUAUUUUAAACUUGAAUUAAUAGACAGGACAAUAAGAAGAUUUGCAACAGCAAAGGAAAUCUCUGAAAGUUUUUUUUCUGUGCUCUGUUACUUGUCUGAGUUAUAUUUGUCUUGUUUGCUGAAGAAGGCUCUAAGCCGAAACAUAAAAAUCUUAUUGUCCUGUCUAUUUAUCAAAUUUAACAAACAUUUUUCUUAUAUCAUUUCCCUAUUCUAUGGCUUUAAACCCAAGUUAACUUUCCCUCUGACAAAUGAAAAAUGUUCAACACAUUAUUGCAGCAACAGUACACAGCAAGACAUGCAGAUACAGUGCAGAAGCCAUAAUUUUAAAUUGCAGAUAAAUCAAACAAUAAUUGGAAAAGUUUUCAUUCAGUUUAAACAUUAUAGAUUAUUAUAAAAAAAAAAAAGUGUAAUGCUGGUUCCAAAAAUAGCCACUCAAAGUGCUGUAUGCGGCUCUAGAGCUGCAGGUUGCCAACCACAGGGGUAUGCUAAUAAGGACUUUAAGCAAAAGGAGUUUAGGAUGCCAGCUAUUGUCAGAUCAACGUAUUCUUUCUGUAUGUGUAUGGGUGAGGUUUGUAGUUUAUGGGAAGACAUUGUCAUUGAAAAGAUAGGCUCGGCUCUUUUUUUGUGAUUUAUGUUUCAUCAUUAUCAUCAAUUUGAAAUUUUCUAAGGAUAACUGAAGACAGUGAGGUUGAAAUGUCAGAAAGAACUGAUGAUCAGGAGGCUAUGCUUGCUGCAUGUAAGUACUUGCUUUAAAGAACAUCUUUUUGGCAACCAUGUGAAACUUGGUCGAAGCUGCUUUUUGUUAAAUGAAGUAUUCACCACAAAAUUACGCAUGUAUAUUCAGUAGAAACUAUUAUCUUUGGUUAAAGGAUUCAUAACUGGACGAUACCAAAGUAUUAAAUUAUAAAUAACUUGAAAAAAUACUUCAUUCAUUUUGAACUGUAUUUUUCCAGAAAACUUUCAGCAUUUAUUCUGAUAAGCUAAUGAUAAUAUAGAAAUUUUAUUAAUUGAGGAGAAAACUUGAAAGUUUCAUGAUAAAGAAUUAUGAUCUCAUGAUGAAAGCACUGGAUUUCCUUAAGGUCGUCCACACUCUGUCUAUAUCAGGCAUGGCAAGCCUGUGGUUUCAGUCCGGCGAGUGAAUUUUUGUGGCUCGGCGGAUGAAUUUUAAAUUCAUUACUUCUUUCUUUAUUCAAUUUUCAUUGAAAAGAUUUUAAAAAGUUAAAUAAGUGCAAAUAUAAACAUAUCACAUUAGCUUAGUUUCAUUUUUAUUAUUUUGCAUGUCAUUUAGUGCAUUAUUAGGUCUGAAUUGUGUACAGUUCUUUUACACCUGGACUGGGUGUUUGAAAAAAAAAAUUCUUGGUGGGUCGAGGUCUUAGCUUCUUAUUUUCUGUGUUCCACCCAAGGGGAAAAAGUGAAAAGUGCUUGUAUAGAAACAGUAGCGAUUAGAGAGGCAUCAAAGUUGAAGACUCAUACACUACUAGCUUAAUGCUAUAAUCCUUACCCAGUAUUUGUCAACCUUGAAGUGCCCUUUAAUUUAUAAUAUCUGCCUAGUUGCGGCGGUGACACGCAACCAGAAUUGUACCUAGAAAUUGAGAAAUGUGUUGAGAAAUAUGGGCUAAAAAGGGUAGAGGGUUCUGUAGAAGGGGCUCUGUAUGUCAAUCCCAAGAAAUUUUGUAUAAACUCACAAACCUGGUUAUAGUUUGUCAUAGAAGCUGCCAACCUCCUUAGUUUAGGCGCUCAUUAAAAAAAAAAAAAUCAUAUGUCAUUUAAAAAAAAUUACUAGAAAUUGCCAAAAUAUUUAUAUUAAAUUAGCAGCGGGCAUCUACUGAAUGAAUCAUAGUUUUUAAAAAAGUAUUAUGUAAUGUAGUCAGAGCAUAAUGACAAUAAGAAACCAGUCCUAUCACUGCAAAUAAUAUUUAAAUUUCAAAAUGAAUAUUUAAAUAAGAACAAAUUCACAUUUUGUACACAACCCCCACUCCUCUCAAAUUUCUGAGAUUCUCAAGCAACCCCUGACAUUUUAUCAGGAAACCCUCCAGGGUGUUGUGAGCCACUGCCCUCACCCAUAAACAUAACAAAAAUCAAACAUGGAGCAGAGCUUUGAUCUAUACGUUAGUGUAUUUAUAUCAUUAUCUUGGCAAUGCACUCCUAGCGUUUCUUCAGUUUAACCAAUUGCUUCACUUGUUAAAUCAUACAUGCUAAGCUUUAAGGUUUACCCAAAAGCUUUUCCAGUUAUACGACCAUUCAGGCUUUUGCGCUGUUUUUCACCGAUUUAGAAAAGAAAUAUUUUUAUAUAAGAGGCACAUUGAAAACUGGAGGUGCAAUAAAUUGAUAAUGCAAUAAAGUCAACGUUGGAAAACAAAGCUUAAAUCCUAUUGGUCCUCUAAAUCUUAGCAAAUGAACACAGUUUCAUUGAUAUCAUUUGUCAAUACUAAAACAACAUAGUACGGUAGUAAUUGCUUUGAGCUGUAAAGCAAAAUUACAAAUCCAUUUGUGUAAUUCUUAAUAAGAAGUGCUGUGUAAGUAAGUGUUCUUUUAAUUUCUAUGAAAUAAUUAAAUAUAUUUAUUAUUAAUAUCAAAGACUAUCAUAAGUCAUUAUUCCUAUUUAUUAUGAUGGCAUGCCUUAGUUUAAUGUGACUGUUAACACUUUCUAAACUUAAAAGUGUGUGUGCUCUUCUUCGCUGUAUAACUAUACGUUAUUCAGAGCCGAAAUCAGUGAGAACUGUGUUUUUUAGGCCAUAUUAUAUUCUUUUUGUGCUGAUGUUUAUUCCAGCUGGAUACUUUCAAUUAACACUUAAUAUCCACUGCGCAUAGAGUAAAAAAAAAUUUUUAUCCACAUUUUCUUCCAGUACCGUGAAAAAUGUGGUUAUACGUUGCCAGUGCUUACAGCUAGCAUAGUUAACUGAAGAAUUAUGUCCAGUUAAAUCUAAAUUGCUAUUGAAUUCAUCAUCUCAGUCCAUUAUUAAUACAAUUGAUAUUGAACGGUGUAAAUAAACUGAAGAUAAGAUGAAAAUCUGACUUAAAAUAACAAAUUUUAAUUUAAAAUUUAAAAGAUACAAUCUAUCCAUUUAUGAAUGAUUUAAACAUACUAAAAUGUGCACACAGCGAAGAGGAGGUUAUUUGUUUUUUAUUAAAGAAUUUAAAACGCUGAUAAAAAUGUUUAAAAAAUUAUAAAUGAAACUGAUAACUUCUGUCUUAAAUUAAAAUAAGUGAUAAAAAUACAUGCUUAAGCUAAUAGCUAAUAAUUCUUUUUCUUUAGUUCAAAAAGAAUCAGAAAAUUCACAAGACAGCUUAGCAGAUAUUCAGGUUUGUAGAACUUUUGACACUAUUUUUUUAAAAACAUAAUUGUUUGAGUGGAUGAAAACCCAUUUUUUAAAAAUAUUGCAUAUUGUUAAAUAACUUCUUUGGUACUUACAUUCUCACUAAGUGAGCCAAUUUUUUUAUAUCUUUCUUUUUAUUUUUUUUGGACGGGGGAGCUGAAAUUGGAAUCAUGGUGGCUUUUACUUAUAGUGAGUAAAGGUAAUCAAAGGACUCGAAAUUGACCCAUAAAUAAAGAAAUAGUAUGUAUGAAAAUUCUCCCACAAUAGAUGGUAGAAAAAUCUCUGAUAACCGAUAUUACGGAAAGAGAAGGGAAGUAGAUAGGAUAACUUUAUUUAUGAAAAUUAAAAGGUAAUAGUAAUAAGGGGAGAGACUGCAAUCAGGUUAGCAAAAUAGGAAAUGAGUAAAACAAAGUAAGGUCAAACCUGAAAAAUAGAACGCAACAAAACAACGAACGUGUCGGCAGAAAGCCUUCGACAGCAAACAAACAACAAAAGAAACAGAAUAAAAUUUAAAAAAUGGCACUUAGCAGAGUAGUAGUAUCGGAGAGUGCAACAAAAGAAUUGUGCACAAUCAUCGCAAAUUAAACUUAUGGGAAAUCUCAAAUAUAAAAGCUGUCCAUAUUUUUUUUUUUUGAUGUUGAUAAAAGCUAAAAUGACACUUGUGUUUAGUCAUUGAAAAACCACUGGAUUUUAAAGAAAAAAAAUAUCUGGUCAAUUUAAAAAGCAAAAAGUUUACUUUUAAAUCACAACACUGACAUCUAAAUAUGUGAUAGCUAAUUAGCGUAAUGGCAUGUGGAGCUCGAUUGAUUCUUGAGCGUUUGUUUGCUGGUUUGGAAAGAGCUUCAGUCCUAAGAUGUGAAAAGGAACAAAUAAAUCAGGCCACAGUCAUGGCAAACCUGCAUUGCGGCCCAGCCUUGCACAUUUUUUUUUUGUCUGGACAGAUGUAUCAUAAAUACAUCACUUCUUUCUUUAUUCAAGUUUCAUAGAAAUUCAUUUUAAAAAGUUCAGCGAGAGAAAAGAUAAACUAAUGUGACAAUAGUUUAGUUUCAUAUUUGUAAUUAUUUUGCAUUUCAUUCCAUGCAUUAAGAAUAAAUAAAUAAUUUGGUGCGGCACUAAUUUGUUGAUUAUUCUAUUUAUUAUGUCUAAUGUGGCCAGAGGAAAGUAAACUUAUUAUCAAAAUGGACUUUUCAGACAUUUUAGUCGGUUUUACCUGGUCUAAAUCAAGUAUUCCACACACAGAAAAAGUUUUAAUAUUUUAAGAUAGAAUUGUCUGCUUUUAAUUUUUUUUCUUCAAAUUACUCAAAAGCUGUCAAGUUCCUUAGCUUCAGCAUCAAUUAAACGUCGUCUUUCUUUGACAGGUCAAAGAUGAGCCAGAGGACUCCAGUUAUGAACAAAAGCAAAGUCCUGAAAUCAGUUCCUGUCCAGAUUCACGAAACUCAUCACCCCUUCCUCCAAUACAUUUUGAAAACUCUUCUCCAUUCCAUACCAAUGUCUCUUCACCUGUGCCAACUUUGUUAUCCAAGGGAAAUACUGCUGCACAGAUUCCACUUAAUGACAUCUUUGCUGGCUCCACUAUUCGUAGUCAGUUACAAGGAGCGAUUGAUGGUAAGAAAAUGGAUACGGUGCAAAACAUAGUGGAGGGUCUUCUUAAAAAGAAUGAAACUUUACUGGCUAUGAGUGACGCUGGCCUUUUAAAGCCAAACCCUCGGAGAGUGAGAGCUGCUUAUGAUAGCCACGCCAGAAAAUCUACACAAACGAGAGUUAAUAUUUUCCCGAUAUCUUCCACUCUACAAGCCCGAAUGAACCCCAGCAAAAAGAUUUCAGAGUCAUUCAGGCCUCAUAUUAUUCGACCAAAAAGUCCAACGCUACGAUCCAAUUCCAUUUUAAAAGAUAAGACACAAUUUACUUAUGCACUGCUGGAAUCCAAAAUUUGUGAUGAUGAAAUUGAGAAAAUUUUCAAAGUUCAAAAUCAUGAGAUUGUGUGUGGCAUAAGUUCUCAGUCAUAUCUUGCAGAUGAAUGCGACAAAAUAGUUGCAUCGUUAGACUUAGACUACUUCUGGUGCAACUUUUGUCCCUUUGCAACUAGCAAUAAGCCUUUGCUUAUACAGCAUGCACUUGAACAUAGAUUUAAAUGCAAAUUUUGUGCUUAUGAAUCUUUCUGUCGAUCUGAUAUUGUGAGACACAUGCAUAAACUACAUUCUGACUUUAGUGAGGUAGCAGGCAGAUUGUCAUACUGUGCCUUGCUCUCAGACUAUCUACGGGUUAAGGCUCGAGCAGAGGGCAAAGAAAAUAAAGACCCAGAUGAAAAUGUCGAUGAUCUUGAUCCCCAAGAAAUGAACAAGGCUAUUCAAGAACUGGAAGGACGGAAACGCAAAGCCGAAUCGAGUUCUCAUGGGAUCUCAUCAUCUCCUAAGGCUGCCAGACUCGACUCUGAUGAUGUUGAAAGUUCAUCUGAUUUGUCACGAAAGUCUCGUAAAAGUCAGAAUCCAAAACGGUGCCCCCCACCGAAGGAUUCUGAUUAUGACAUGUUUGAGAUGGAAGUGGAAGAGAUCAGCGAAUCCCCACAGGAUGCAGGUCAUGAAGAAUCUGACUCUGACAGAGUUUUAUAUUCCUCUAGCCAUAGUUCUCCUAAUCCAUAUUUCCAUACUCAGGAUGGACAUCCCUUUCCCACUGGAAUGAUGCAGGUUAUACCAGGCAUGCAAAGUCAAAGUGGCUCUAUGCAAACCUCUGCACCUCGGACAAAGCCAGGUCAAACCAAUACUGGUUGUCGUGGUCGUGGUCGUGGUAUUAGAGGUCCCCGCUAUGCCAGCUCUUCCAGCCUUUACUGGAGUUGUGGGUACUGCACCUUUCAGAGUAAUAGUCAGGCAGAGAUCAAAGAGCAUUCCAACAGAGCGCAUCCAGGGAAGCCUCAUCGUUACGUAGCCCUCAUAAAAAAUUUAACUCCAGAUUCGGUCAUCAAUAAAAGUCCCAGAAGCACUUCGACACUAAAUCCUAUUGGCAAGCAAUCAACAUUAUCCACCAGCUCAGGUGAUUCAUUACAUAGGAGUCAUUCUCCCUUAGUUCAGAUGUCUCCCUCUGCAUCUUUACCUCGCUCACCUCAGGUAUCAACUGAAAGUCACGCCACCAAUGGUGAAGAAGACAUAGAGGACACAGAAGAGGUUGUGUCUCUAAAGGAAACUUCUAGUUUGCUCAAAGUCAGAAUAAAUCCAGUACGGUCUACUCGGAAAGAAAAUAUAGUGUACAGAUGUUACCAUUGUACUUACACUGCAAAACGUCACUCAGCCAUGAAGAGCCACAUAUAUUAUAAGCACAGAGGGAAAGGUUUAGUGGCAGUAGAUGACGAAUCCCAACCAAAGCAGCACAUAUUUUUCUGUGCUAGAGAUGACUGCACUUUUAAGUCUGAGAGAGCUGAUAGCUACUUGCACCACGUUGACCAGUGUACACCAUGGAAUAAGCCAGAACUAGCAGACGUAGAAGUAGAGCCUCACAUUCGAGAGUGUUUAGAGCAAACUGUACUGUUGGCAGAG